AUUGAAGAAUUGUGUUUCUUCAAUUGAUUUAGACUGUAAUCGUUUCUUCCUAAUCUGGUUUUCUCCAGAUACAGUUUUGUUUGUGAUGGGCAAUUGAGAAGAGGGAAAAAAAAAAUGUUAAAGUCGAUGCUUGGUUGCUGCAAGGUGUACAUAUCCGAGAGCAGAAACAGAAAGGCACUUGAGUCCAUCGAAAGAGCUGCCAGGCUAAUCCCAGAAGCUCCCAUCAUCAACAAAUUUGAGGAUGACACUUACAACAGAGUUGGCUACACACUUGUGUCCAAAUUAUCUCCUGAACCAUCAUCAUCAUCAUCAUCAUCAUCAUGUCCGUUGAGGAAUGCUGUGUUUUCCAUGGCCGUGUUUUCCAUGGUGAGGGCUGCAGUGGAGUCCAUUGACCUUGAGAUGCACAGCGGCAGCCAUCCCCGGCUCGGGGUUGUGGACCACGUAUGCUUCCAUCCCUUGCUCUCCGCUUCUCUCGAUCAGGCUUCUACUAUUGCCAAAUCUUUGGCGGCGGAUGUUUCCCAUGCCCUUCAAGUCCCUACUUUUCUAUAUGGAGCAGCCCAUGAAGAGGGUAGAACGCUUGAUGCAAUCAGAAGAGAGCUGGGUUACUUCAAGCCGAAUUCCAGCGGAAACCAGUGGUCUGGGGGGCUAAAAUCAGAGACUUUGGCACUGAAGCCGGAUGAGGGUCCAGCUCAAGUGCCUCCAACAAAAGGUGUCAUUGUGAUUGGGGCAACCCAAUGGGUUGACAACUACAACAUUCCGGUCUUCUCUACUGAUAUCUCAGUGGUUCGCAGAAUCGCGAAACGGGUGAGCGGAAGAAGAGGCGGACUUCCUUCAGUCCAGGCCAUGGCACUUAAACAUGGCGAGACAGUCAUCGAAGUGGCUUGCAACUUGUUGGAACCAAAUAAAGUGGGAGGAGAAAGAGUUCAGCUUGAAGUAGAGAGGCUUGCCAAGGAAGAGGGUGUUGCGGUUGGCAAGGGCUAUUUCACUGAUCUUUCUCAGGAGAAAAUCAUUGAGAGUUACUUGAAGUUGGAUUCCUUUAUGUAACAAGAAUAUGAAAUUUAUAAAAGAAGCAGCAACUUCUUCUUUGAUCAUCUUUUAAAAGAGAUCAACAUAAAUAAAUAAAUAAAUAAAUAAAGAUACAG